AUGGAGAAUAAAACAAACAGAAUCCAAGAUCUUAUUAAAGAACAUCAAAGUACCUUAAAGUCACAAAGGAAAUUACUAGAUAAUUAUAGCAAAAAUUACAACGAUCAAUCUUCAGGAGUUGAAGAUGAUGUGGAUAGAAUAGUUAAUUCUAUUUUGAGUGAAGGAGGCCUAAGCGAUUCUCUGUUUACUGGGAAUGAAGAACAAUUAAAUGGGCUUAACUUGGCAGUAAUUGGUGAUCUGAGCCCUGAAUUGUCGGAAGAGUAUUCACGGGUACCUAGUUCUUCAUUGAAAAAAUUAAUUGGAGAAGUAGAUGUAAAUAUACUUGAGACAACAAAGGACACAUUUGAUAAAGGAAUACAAGCUGAUCUUGUACAGAAUAAUCAACUUUGUGUAGCUCCGGAACAUUACUCUGGCUUAAAGAACCACACUGGCGGAGGGUCAAAUAAGCGUCUUUCAAUAUCUAUUCCUUUAAGCCCAGCAGAUUUGCAACAAAGUGAAACAGUUCCUGAUUCGGGCAAACUCUCAGGAAUAAAAACCGAUACGAACCAAGAAAAAUACUCUCCCUCCGGAGGAUCAAUGAUCAUAGAGGAAAAUAACAACGAAAUAUUAAAAAGUAGCGAGUUCAUGGAUUUUUUUUCGAGAGCUUCUAGAUUGAUAGAGAGGGCUUUAGGAGAAGGGGCAGUAUUCGACCCAUUUUUCAAUAUAAAUAGUGAAAAUAUUGAGUCAAAUUUCAUAUCUGAAAAUGAUAUUUCUACAAAAAAUCCAGGUAAUAUCAGUAUUUCUUCGACCAAUGGUUUAUUAAAAAAUAGCAUGAUUUUUCAGCACGAAAUUUCAUCUAACCGCCCUGUAAUGAAUAUUAAAAGUCACCCAACUUUUCCUGAAUACUUUAUUGCGGCUUACGGAACUAAGUUCCCACAAAAUUCAAGCUUUGAAGGAAUGAUGCAGAGUACGGGAAGUGGUACCAUGCUUAAUUAUGGAGGUUGUGUACAAUUAUGGUCAAUUUCAACCCCAAAAAAACCAGAAAAUACGUUUGUUGCUUCAAGCCCUGUUCUAACUACUUCUUUUGAUCCAUGCUGCCAAUAUAGGUAUAUUGGAACCAGUUAUAACGGAGAGGUUUUAAUCUGGGACUCUAGGAAUGGAAAGAUCCCUUGCCAGAAGUCAAAUAGUAUUAAUAUUAGUGAUUCUGAAGGGAAUAAUAUUGGUGGCCACUCAUUCCCAGUUUAUUGCAUGGAAUUGCUUGGUAACAAAGGUUCCCAGAGCGUUAUAACAAUUGACACAGAUGGAAAACUUUGUAAUUGGAAUUUAACUAAUUUAAGUGAGCCUGUCGAAUCUUUUCAAAUGAGAAAAACUAAUUCAAAAGAUGUUUCGAUCCUGUGCAUGACUCUUUCUAAGUUAAUUAACCCAAAUGCAAUUAUUUGUGGUUCUGAGGAUGGUUCCCUUUAUCAAACUAUGAUUAGAACUAAUAAACCUGGUGUAAUUUCGAGUACAUUCCAGAAUGCUCAUAACGGCUACAUAACCUCUCUUGAUUAUCACCCAAUAAAUGAUUGUUUUCUUAGCUCUGGAGCCGAUUGGACCAUUAAACUAUGGACACCAAACCCAUUGGCUAACUCUUUUACCCUCCUUUAUUCUUUUGAGUCGUCUGAGAACUACGUCAUUGGAGUAGCUUGGCAUCCAGUCCAUCCCGGAAUUUUUGCUGCAAUUGAUGCAGACUCGAGGUUAAUCAUAUAUGAUCUCACAAACCCAAACUGUCAAACUCCCUUAUGCAAAAUAAAUACAUCUUGUUCUACCUCCACAAACUCCACCCCUAAUACCUCUGAUAUCCCUACUUGUAUCAGCUGGUCAACAGAUGGAACCCGACUUUUUAUUGGUUAUAUGAACGGGAACGUAAUUAUGUGCAAUGCAGACUCCAAGCUUUAUCAACCUAAUAGAAAUGUCUGGGACCUAUUCAAUCAACAGAUUGAAACAUUUAAAAAUAAUAAUUCUGUUGAUUUAAGUUCAAAUAUGGAAAAUAAGGACGAAGAAAAUGUGGAAUAA